CGCAGGCCGGGCGGCCGCGGCGGGGUUGGGCCCGGGGCCAGACGGGAAAGCUUACCUCCAGCCCGGGCGCCCGGUACAGCGACUCCCCGGCCGGCGCCGGCGCCUGCCCCGCCCUCAGGGAGGCGGGGGAGCCGUGGGGGAGGCGGUGCCAUCGCGAAGCCCGCGCCCCGCCUUCACCCUCCUGCCUGCAGUCGGGGCCGGGGCUGGGCGGCGUCUGCGGAGGCUCCCCCGGCCUGGCCCAAUCGGCCUGAGCCGCGCUUUCACACCGGCGGCGGCGCGGAAAGGUGGAGGCGGCUGGCCGGGAGGCCGGAGCCGGGCCAGCGAUCCGCCAUGGAGACCCGCUACAACCUGAAGAGCCCGGCUGUUAAACGUUUAAUGAAAGAAGCAGCAGAAUUGAAAGAUCCAACAGAUCAUUACCAUGCACAGCCAUUAGAGGAUAACCUUUUUGAAUGGCACUUCACAGUUAGAGGGCCCCCAGAUUCUGAUUUUGAUGGAGGAGUUUAUCAUGGACGAAUAGUACUGCCCCCUGAGUAUCCCAUGAAACCACCAAGCAUUAUUCUUUUAACGGCUAAUGGACGAUUUGAAGUAGGCAAGAAAAUCUGUUUGAGCAUCUCAGGACAUCAUCCUGAAACUUGGCAGCCUUCGUGGAGUAUAAGAACAGCAUUAUUAGCCAUCAUCGGGUUUAUGCCAACAAAAGGAGAGGGAGCCAUAGGUUCUCUAGAUUACACACCAGAGGAAAGAAGAGCGCUUGCCAAAAAAUCACAAGAUUUCUGUUGUGAGGGAUGUGGCUGUGCCAUGAAGGAUGUCCUGUUGCCUUUAAAAUCUGGAAGUGAUUCAAGCCAAGCUGACCAGGAAGCCAAGGAACUGGCUAGACAAAUCAGUUUUAAGGCAGAAGUCAAUUCAUCUGGAAAGACUAUCGCUGAAUCGGACUUAAACCACUCUUUUUCACUAAAUGAUUUACAGGAUGAUAUACCUGCAACAUUCCAGGGUGCUACAGCCAGUACAUCGUACGGAGCCCAGAACCCCUCAGCAGCAUCCCUUCAACAACCUGCUCAACCUGUAGCUAAGAAUACCUCCAUGAGCCCUCGACAGCGCCGAGCCCAGCAGCAGAGUCAAAGACGGUCGUCUGCUUCCCCAGAUGUGAUCCAGGGCCAGCAGCCAAGAGACAACCACACUGAUCAUGGCGGAUCCGCUGUCCUGAUUGUCAUCUUGACUUUGGCAUUGGCAGCUCUUAUAUUCAGACGAAUAUAUCUGGCCAAUGAGUACAUAUUUGACUUUGAGUUAUAAUAUUGUUUUGUGUCUUAAGAGCUGUGACUCUGCUGCUUCAUUAAACAUUCUGCAUUGGGUAUAAUCUAAGAA